GUAGUCUAUUUGGUGAGUGUUGGAGUGUGAAAGCUGUGGCUUGGUGGCGAGUGUUGAGAGUUUCAAAGUGGUGUUCAAAAUUUAAAGGUUUUUUUUAAUAUUCUUAUCUUUUCUUUGGAGAAAAGGAGUUUAAUAGACGAAGAAAAUGGUGUUAGCGGAAAGAAAUUCGGAAAGUCUUCGAAAUGGACGAAGAUCGAGAGGACCAAGUCCUAAUGGGCAAACCGAUUCCUCGAGCGAUGAAGACGGAGUUCCAGCAGAAAAAAUCCGCGUAGGUCGUGAUUAUCAAGUUAUCGUUCCGGAAUUUAUUCCACUCAAUGAUCGACGAUUAGAUCAAUGUCAUGACAGAGCAUUACUUGUUUGGUCACCGACAGUCGAAAUUCCGGAUCAUAAAUUGGAUGAGUAUAUAGUAUUAGCAAAAGAGAAGUAUGGUUAUAAUGGAGAGCAAGCUUUGGGUAUGCUAUUUUGGCAUAAACAUAAUUUAGAACGAGCAGUCUUGGAUUUAGCAAAUUUUACACCUUUUCCCGAUGAAUGGACUGUCGAGGAUAAAGUUUUAUUCGAACAGGCUUUUCAAUUUCACGGUAAAAGUUUUCAUCGCAUUCGACAAAUGCUUCCUGAUAAAUCAAUUGCGAGUUUGGUGAAAUAUUACUAUAGUUGGAAGAAGACACGAACCAGGACAUCGUUAAUGGAUAGACAAGCGCGAAAACUAACAAAUAGUGGUAAAGAGGGAGAGAAUGGUAGUGAAAAUGGAAGUGAACUCGGUUCCAACACGGAUAGCGAAACUGAAGAAAAAGGGUCGUGUAGCAACUGCGGCGUUGCUUGUCAUAGCGUUCGUUCUACACCCAAGGGACACGCGUGUCAUAGCUGCUAUCUGCACUGGAGGCGCACCGGUGUCGCAAGGCCAUUGAGUUCUAUGCCAGGUCGUACAAACAAAAGAAAACCUCCACGUGGACUGGUAGUAAAUCACGACGACUUGGCAGCAUUAGCAGGUCAACCGAAUCAAACCAACAACAAUCUGCAAGCACUUGAAUCAGAAAUCGUUAGUCUCAAACGACAAAUUCAAUCGAAUAAGCAGCAAGUGAGUGCAUUGAAACGCAAAACAACAGACGGAAUUGAUGAUUUACGACCACCAGAAGUAACGAAUCGCAUUAAUGCCCGAUGGACAAAUGACGAACUAUUGUUGGCGGUUCAAGGCGUUAGAAAAUACGGCAAAGAUUUUGCAGCGAUUGCCGAUGUGAUUGGAACGAAAAAUGAAUCACAUUUGAGAUCAUUUUUUGUGAAUUACAAACGAAGGUACAAUCUCGAUACAGUUCUAAAAGAGUACGAGGCUGAAAAUGGACCAAUUUUAAUCGAUGACGAAAAAGAAGAAAAGAUGGAAGUCGAUCAAUUUUCAAACAAUGAAGCAGCAGAAACAUCCCAAAAAGCAAAAUCCUCGAGUGGAGUGAAUCCAUCAACAAAAUAACAAAUAAAUUAUAUUUCGAAUUCUUUUAAAUAUGAGAAAUCGAUUUAAAUUAAGUAUAAAAAUAAUUAUUUUAUCUGAGAGCUUCUGCUGAGCAUGUAAGUCUACUUUUGAAUUUUUUAUGUAGCACCUACGUGAAAAUUUACGAGAAAAGAAAUUAAUAAUCUUUUCAUAAAAGAAAAAGAAUAGUCAUCCUAUCGUUUUUCUUUAAUUAAAAAAAAUUCGAAGCAUCAAAUAACUGACAACAACAAACUAUUAUUAUUGAAAUGAAUUAUGUUACAAGAAUUUUAAUCGUAAUAAAAAAAGAAAAAGCUAAAUAUUA